AUAACGCGAUUCUUCACUUCACGGAGUUCGAGCUGGUCCGAGGUUUCUGCGUUUGUCUGUCGAAUCCAAGCAGGGCCCUUCCCCUGCCCUUCCUCGUCAGCCUGCCAUCGAGGUGAGAAAUGAGCGAGGCAGAAGCGGAGUACUUCUCCAAGGACUUCGACUGGGACGACCUCAGAAACGACGUCGAAGCCGACCCUUCUCUUCGGCAUCACUUGCUUCCGUUCCCACCCUCUGCGUCGACUUCUCCACCGCAAGACGUCUCCGACGCCUGGGGCAACUUCCACGCUCGCCACCACACCGGCAAGUUCUUCAAGGAGAGAAGGUACCUGUUGAAGGAGUUUCCUGAGCUCGUUUCCUGUGGGAAGAAGAAUCCUAGGGUUUUGGAGGUGGGCUGUGGCAAUGGCAGCACUAUUCUUCCCAUUUUGCGCGGCAAUGAGGAUGUCAUCGUGUAUGCUUGCGAUUGUAGCAGUGAAGCUCUUGAGUACGCGAAAGAGAUGCUCGACUCAUUGAACCAGGCCUCGAUUGGGCGUCGCUUUCAUCCGUUCCUUUGCGACUUCUCUCUCGAUGGUUUCCCAAUGUGGUUGGCUUGUGGUCCCUGUCGAGAGACUUCUCUACGCAAGCAUUGUUGUUCUUCAGAAGCCGAAGAGAAAACUGAAACGUCCUUGAGGGGCUUCGACCUGUCCAAAGAUAUGUCUUGUCUUGGAGGUGUGGACUUCAUUACCUUGAUAUUCACUCUAUCAGCCAUACCAUUUGAGAUGAUGCCGAAGGCUCUCGCUGAGUGCUGCUGUGUUCUAAAGCCUGGUGGGUUGCUUCUAUUCAGAGACUAUGGCCUUUAUGAUAUGACUAUGCUUCGAUUUGAAUCUGGAAAACGAGUGGGAUUCCGUGAGUACAUGAGAUCAGAUGGAACUCGGUCUUACUUUUUCUCCUUGGGGAUUGUCCGGGACCUUUUCCUUCAUGCAGGCUUCAUCGAGCUUGAGCUUGAAUAUUGUUGUAUUAAGUCGCUGAAUCGACGAAGUGGGAAGAGCAUGCGCAGAGUGUGGGUGCAUGGAAAGUUUCAGAAGCCCAAGUAAUCUUCGGUCUGGGGACUGAAAAGAAAUGGCUUACUCCUGUAGAUAUUUUACUCGAUUGGCGCCAAUCAAUUAGCAUGAAGGGAAGGGGCUCCCGGUCAAACAGAUAACAAUUUGGAAGCCUGGGUGAUGAUUUCACGCCGUCUCGAUGUCGAGCUCAAUGUGAUAUCGCUCCACAUUCUUUCUGCCAAGGAGCAUCAACUAUCCAUCCAUGGGCAGGAAGAACAGUCCACCUUUUCCUACUAUGGAUGAUCAGUAUCCUGUGUCCAAUUUCGCAGGUUCUCAUACUUAACUCGAAUUGGCUUUCUUAUCAUCUUUCAAACAUGCCAUUUCUGAGCGUGCCUGUGUACCAAACAAUUACGGUCUGGUGUUUACCAAACACGCCGUAGAAGAAGCGAUGAUUAUCUUG